CGGAUGGCACUCGCCUGGAUAUGAUGAGCUUCACCAUUUCCCUGGCCCUACUGCUCCUGGCAGUCCUGAUCCUGGGCAUCCUGUUCGCCUGCCACUGCCUUGGUCCGCGGGCCGCCAACUGGAUGCGGAUGCGAUCCAGCAAGGAGGAGAAGAUCGGGCUGUCCAACCACAAGCAGAAGCUCUUCCAUGCCAACGGUUAUAUGGCCAGUAUCCAAUCCGGCUCCGAGUUCCUGCUGAGCACCAGCGGCAGCUUCAAGCGCUUCGACACCAUCGACCGGGAGGAUUACCAUCGCUCGCAGCACCAGCAGACUCCGCAUCCACAUCCGCAGACGCACCUGCUCCUGCUCAACGGCGGUGGCGUCCUGGAGGCCACCACGCCCAUGUGGCACCUGCCCCACACGACCUUGAGAAUUCCGCCGCCGCCCAAUCGGCCGGCCCCGCAUCCCAAUAAAACGGUGACCUUCUCGCUCAGCCAGGUCAACGAGGUCACCACGAAUACAACGAGCGAAAUCAUGAAUCCCGUUGAUCAGGAGCGACGCUCCUGUCUUCGUGCGAAUGGCGGAUCUGCCGGUGGUGUCCUGCCCCAGCCUCUGGAGGCUCCUCCUCCGGCGAGGGUCACCACCUCUGUUUCGGUGAACUCGACGGGCACGGCGAUACCCAGACCCAUUGCCAAGCGGCAGGGUAUUAAUGGAGGAGGAGAAACAGCAGUGGUGACCCCGACGCCGGAAACUGUGGAGAGAAAAGCGCCCGCCCUGAAGCGUCGAAACUCGAGCACCAAUCCCUUCCUCUGCGAAUCCACGGAGCAGCUGCCUCCCAGUCAAACGGAUCCUCUGGGAGUCACAGUGGCCUCUCUGCGAAAUGCCACCAUUUCGGGUGGUGAAACAAAAGCCACCCCUCCGCCAGCCGAACCGCAACCGCAACCCCAUCACAAUGGCAACCCCUUCGUGGAGACCCAGAGCCUCUCCAGUCGACUGCUGAAGCUCCACAACACCACGAAUCCCUUCACAGGUCUCUCGCAGCGGGUGAAGGGUCCGCAUCUCUUGCAGAAGACCAUCUCCGAGGAUUAUCUGUUCCGGAAGCUGGGCGUCAAUGGUAAUGCAUCGGGAUCGGGUUUGGGAUCGGGAUCGGCAAAUGGUCAUGUCAAUGGGAAUGGCAAUGGAACCUGGUCCUUUGGACGCUCGCUGCUGCGACAGGACUCCACGUUGAGCUUGGGUUUGGGCAGGCGGAACAGCUCGCAGAUCUCGCUGGAUUCGGGAGGGGGUUCCCUGGAGGGCAUCAAUCUGGAGAGGGCCAUCUCCUGCGACUCGGUCACCUCGGAAUCGACGCUCUUCCUGGAUCAGCUGGAUCAGCCGUACACCCAGAUAACCGGUUACCUGUGCAUUGGUCUUAAUUACGACAAAAACAGCAUUAGCAACGAGGGCUUGGAACUCACGGUCAGUGUGUUGGAGGCCAAGGGACUCCUGUGUCCCUUCAGCGUGGAGUCACUAGACACCUUUGUGCGCAUCUACCUGGUGCCCGAUCAUCCCGGCGCCAUGCAAACCAAGGUGGUCAAGGCGGCGCUAACGCCCAGCUACAACGAGAGCUUCAACUUCUGGCUGCAGAAGCGACAGGCUCGCCAUUCGCUGUGGUUCCAUCUCUACCACAACGGCCCCGCCCACACGCUCAUCGGGGAGGCGGAGAUGGAGAUCGGCGAGAUGCCGCGGCCCAUCACCACGUGGAUACCGCUCUCCGAUUCGCGCAAGUGCAACGCCCGCUGGGGCGAGCUUAUGUUCUCGCUGAGCUACCUGCCCACGGCGGAGCGCCUGACCAUCGUGGUCGUCAAGGCCAGGAACCUCAAGCUGGACGGCGAUCAACCGGCGCCGGAGUCCGCGGAAGCGGUGCACAGCGUUUUUGUGAAGGUCUACCUGAUGGACAACGAUCGCAAGGUGCUGAAGAAGCGCACCUCGCUGAAGCGCAAGGACCGCAGUCCGAUCUUCAACGAGUCGAUGAUCUUCAGCGUGCCGCCGCCCAGCCUGACCACCGCCCAGCUGCGGGUGACCGUCUUCGGGGUGACGGCCCGCGGGGUGACCCCUCUGGGCCACAUCGUCGCCGGCAGCUGUGCGGUGGGCAAGGGCCUGCGCCACUGGCACCAGAUGCUCUCCUCGCUGCGGAAGCCGGUGGCCAUGUGGCAUGUCCUGCGGCGGGCGGUCAAUCAACCGAUUUUCACGGGCGGCGCCGAGGCGGUGGUGGCCGCCAUGCAAAACACCCUGCAGCGCUCCACCGCCAAGCGGAACAGCAUCGUCUAGAGGUCACCAG